UCCCACAGGUGACGGGGCUGGUCCACAAGUGGGCGUGGACUAAGGACGACGUGAUCCUCCACAGUCUCCCGCUCCACCACGUGCACGGCGUGGUCAACAAGCUGCUGUGUCCCCUCUGGGUGGGCGCCACCUGUGUGAUGCUGCCCGAGUUCAGCGCAGAGCUGGUUUGGGAAAAGCUCUUAAGUUCUGAAGCUCCACGAAUUAACGUAUUUAUGGCGGUGCCUACAAUAUAUGCCAAGUUGAUGGAUUAUUAUGACAAACAUUUCACUCAGCCUCACGUCCAGGAUUUUGUACGUGCGGUCUGUGAGGAGAAAAUUAGGUUGAUGGUUUCGGGGUCCGCCGCCCUGCCCCUGCCUGUGCUGGAGAAGUGGCAAAGGCUCACCGGCCACACUUUGCUGGAGCGGUAUGGGAUGACGGAGAUCGGCAUGGCCCUGUCCAACCCCCUGACCACGGCUCGCACGCCAGGUUCCGUGGGGACCCCGCUGCCAGGUGUGGAGGUACGCAUUGUGUCAGAAAACCCCAAGAAGGACGGCUAUCCCUACGUGCUCCACGCGGAAGGAAAUGAGAAGGAGACAAAGGUGACCCCAGGGUUCACGGAGAAGGAAGGAGAGCUCUUGGUCAGGGGGCCGUCCGUGUUCCGUGAAUACUGGGACAAACCAGAAGAAACCAGAAACGCCUUCACCUGCGACGGCUGGUUCAAGACAGGCGACACAGCCGUGUUCAAGGACGGCAGGUACUGGAUCCGGGGUCGCACGUCCGUAGACAUCAUCAAGAGCGGUGGCUACAAGAUCAGCGCCCUGGAGGUGGAGCGGCUCCUGCUGGCGCACCCCAGCAUCACAGAUGUGGCUGUGAUUGGAGUUCCAGACAUGACAUGGGGCCAGCGGGUCACCGCAGUGGUGACCCUUCAGGAGGGACACUCACUGUCCCACAGGGAGCUCAAAGAAUGGGCAAGGGGCGUCCUGGCCCCGUACGCCGUGCCCUCUGAGCUGCUGCUGGUGGAAGAGAUCCCACGGAACCAGAUGGGGAAGAUCAACAAGAGAGAUCUCAUCAGGCAGUUCUACCCGAGUGACCAGGGUGCCCCGAGGCCAGGCGCCGGUAAGCCAGCGUCCCCUGUAAACUAGAACCCCCCAGAUCAGAGGGAACAGUGCCGGGGCUAGCAGAAAUGAGAUCACAGUGCUGAUUUUUCAGAUCCGAUGUGACCCCCUGUCGCCUCUGCUGCGUCCUCACAGCCACACCUGCACCGAGCGUAGCUCCCUGUGCUGCCGUCUGCUGGGCAGGUCCCUGCAGCGUCCAGCGGCAUGCCCCAGGGCAGCGGGCCUCCAAGCAAAAUUCAGUAAAGUCUGUGCAAAGACAAGCAUGUGCCGUGCUGUCUGCCCAGGGGCACAGGGGGCACCGCGUGCCGGGUACAGAAGUCCUGCCUCUGUGUGCACAGCCGAGUGUCUCCCACACUCUGGGCUGUCCAUGUGGCCUCCCCAGGUGACCUGUGACCCCUCCAGGCCCUCCCGGCUGGACACCCGACUGCUCAGAGAAGCCAACCGGGAGAGUGGGCCUGGGUAUCCUGGUGGGGACAGCCCGGCACCGUGAGCGCGGCAUCACCAAGGGGCAUCCCUCUGCACAGGGCCAAGCGGACCGCCACGGGGACUCAGGGCUCGGAGCAGAGUGCCUGGAUGCUGUGCUGGCGGCCACAUGUGGCCCCAUGAUCCCCCACAGGAGCUUUCUAGACCAGGGGCCGGGGGGCCUCUGUGAUGGAUGAGCCAGGGGAUCCGAGUUUCUGGCUCCGUGGCCACGCGGCCCCUGUCGCUGUCGAUCCUGCUGUUUGUGUGAAAGUCCGGCUGAUGGGCCGACAGCUGCCCUGCCUUGACCCACCUAUCUGUGCCACGCCCUCCCUGGGGCCCCACGGCACCCUUUUGCGUCCGCCCCACAGCCCUGCACCUCUGCUCUUACUGGUGCUGGCUCUGGCACAUGGGUGCCCCACCCACACUGCAAGCAGAAAAUCCAGAAGCUUCUGGAUAGUUUAUCGGAGACCACAGCAGCUGCUGUGCCGAAGACUGCUGGAGUCUGGAGCUCUUUCUGAACGUUAUGUGCCCGGAACGCUUGCCUAAAAGACCAGCAAAAUGGGGCUAGGGGCGGGAGGGGCCACUUUGGCCCUGGGCAGGGGCCAGGUGCUCGAGACGCUGUGGAAGCCGGCCGACUACUCCCCUACUCCCGCGCGGUGUGCGGCCUGGCUCCCCGAAAGCCUGACCCCAGGCGUGGUGUUUGCUCCAGGGUGACCAGCCCAUGCUCCUGCCUGAGCCCGGGACACGCACACCAGUCACUGCCUGCCAGGCAGGCUGGCCACCGGAAGGGCUCAGCUGGCUGCCUGCCUGCCGUCCGACUCUUCUGGGGGGGUGGCCCUCGGCACCACACGGGACAGCGUGUGCUCAGGCUGGCCCUGGUCUGGCCUUGUAACUAGGGAGCCACCUGCCACUGGGGGGAAUCAGAUCGAAGGUUGCAGGGUCUUUAAUCCUGAAAGCUUUGAUUCCUGAAACCAUUCACAAAAUUAUUUAGUUUAUGCUAUACUCUGUAUCAAAUACCUUGAAAGCCUAAUAGUCACCUUCUACUAACAAGACCACAGAAGGAUGUUGGCUUGUUUCGGGAACAUAUGCCUCUGAGGACACGGAAUGCCGUGUCCUCCUUGUCCGUGUGACCGAGCAUGGCGAAGCUUCCCCCUUGGCUGGACAGCCCUACGCCGUCCUGCGCGCCACUCCCAGAGAAGGGCCAGGAGCAGGUGCCUGAGGUUGGCCGUGGGCAGCUUGGUUAGCGGCCGCUGGUGCCCCUGGCCCCCUCACCCCCAGAGGGACUCCUGCGGAGGCAUCAGCCGCCCUGGGGCUGAGGCUGUUGGAGGGCAGCAGGCGGGCCCCGGAGGGAAGGAGCACACACAGCUGGUGUAGACGGCACAGGUCCGCACCCACACGUACGGGCACCGGGGCCAGCAGAAGCCGGGCCCCGUGACGUGGGGGAAAGGCUGGAAACAGCCUCGUCUCUGCCUCAGUUUCCCUCUUCGUGACUUGAGGCUGGCAUUUCCUUAGGGCUCUUCUGGCCAAGGACUGAGGGCUUUGCUUCCUUGGAGCUCAGUCUGUGGAGGCUGGUGGUCCCAGCGUGGCCUCCCACCUGAGCUCCCUCAAGGGCUGGCCCAGCACAGGCCAGGCUGCCGUGCGCCCCCCGACCACGUCCGCCACGGGCACGGCUGUCGCCACAAGCCUAAUCCCUUUACCGGCCACCGUCAACAGCGCAGAGUCCCCGACGGUCAGGGACUCUCUAGGCCACGGCCACUGCUGUCCACGCUCAGAUCUUUCCGUGUCUCCCCUCUGUGCCCUGGGGCCUCCCCCUGCCACCUUCACACGUGGCAUCUGGCUUCUCCUGAAACCCUCCUCCCACGCCCCUCCGAGGGGCACGGCGGGAAGUGAGACCGGACGGACACCAGACGAGAGUAGAGAUCCUCUGUGUGGCACCCUCGGGCCCAGGACGGAUGCCUCUCCCGUCGGGACGGGGGCGAGUCCCCACAAGGGCCCUGGGAUCGGACUCUCCAGCUGAGGGCAGGGGCAGUGGGGCCCCCCCACCAACAGGUGAGCGUGGGGCGCCCCCAGCAGCCCGGGGCAGGGGCCAGGUGCCCGAGGGAGGAAGUCGUGCGAGCGCUCUGAGCGCCCCGAGAGCCGGGUCCUGGGGCGCUAAGGCUGGGGUUCCCGUCUGGGAGGGUUGGAGACCGGCCCUGCUCGCUGUGUCGGGAGGACGGCGUAACCAUGUGGAGCGGGGCAGCGCCUGACGGAUGGAGGCAGCCCCGUGUGGGAGACGCGUGCCUUCAGGGGCUCGGGCCACAGCCACGCCUGCGCACGCACGAGCCCUGUGGCCAGGGUCGGGGGGUCCUUUCCCAAGAGCCCCUGGAACGGCUGAAGCUCUGAAAGCCAGACUCCGUUUCUGUUUUCUCUGCCACGAGGUGGGGGGUGGGGUGCACCCUGAGUACGAGGGAGGGAAGGGCGGCGGCCCCACUCAGGUCCCCCCUGCGGGCAGCAAACCCGACCAGACUGGCCGCGCUCCCGUAGCCCGGCUGUGUCGGACAGACGCCCCGGGUGUUCCCAGCCUGUUGUCCAGACAAACGGGUGCCGUGUGGUGGGCGACGGCCCAGGGUCCCAGGAAGAGGGAGGCCGGGUGCAAACCACUCUCUGUCUGGGGGUGAGGUCAGACGACUAACCAAGGCCAACAGCAAGGCCGCCAACAGACGCGUAACCGUGCGGGUACGGUGGUCUGGGCGGGAAGCCGUCUGCAGGGAGGUGGGGCUGCCGGGAGCCCAGAACCGAUCGGCAGCCAGGAACUGCGGCAGCAGGGCCAUCCCUGGGGACCCAGAGUCAGACACUCUGCCGGCCGUGGAUGCCUCUAGAAGCCGGGAGAGAGGGGAAACGGAUCGUCCCCUGGAGCCUCCAGGAGGAAGCAGCCCUGUGACAUCUCAGCACAUGAGCCCCCAGCCUGAGAGGAUGAGCGGCCCCCAGGAGCAUGGUGGCAGUCUCCCCUCAGCUGGCAGCCUCUGGUUCCUGUGGACUCAGCCCCUCCACGCCCACGCGGCCGUGACCGUGACGGGUGCGGAACGUGGCAAGCGGGUCGGGGCACAGGAACAAAGGAGUUUGGGGAGGGUCUCCAGGCACAGUCACUCAGCCGGGACAGGAGGCCCCAGCUGUGUCCUUGCCAGCACCUCCCAGCAAUCCUUCGUUCGCUUCCCUCUUCUGGGUCCCAGGUCGGGGCCGUUCGGUGGGGAAAGCACCGAGGGGGCGGCCAGGGCACCCGCACGACAGCCCACGUGCCUCUCAGAGCCUGUUCCAUGGGCAAGGCAGGGACAAGCGCCCACGCCUGAGGCAGAAGGACUUGGUGGAAAUCCCAUUCCCGAAGGUCCCUCCCUGUGCCUGGUGCAGGCGGCAGGCUUGGCAAGGGGUUUGCUCCUUGGCCCUCAGCCCCGAACAGGUGGCUUUUCUGGGUCCUCUAUCCAGGGGCCCAGCCCCAGGAGCGGGGGCACGGGAACAGGAGCUCAGGACGGCCGGGGGCCCGGGGGGCUCAGGCUGCAUCUGAGAAGCGGGGCCCUUCCUGCAACGCAGCCACGGCCCAGCACAGAGCAGGUACCAGGAGGGCAGCUCCCACCUGACCUGUUCUCCCCCGAGACCACUCGGCCCCUCUGAGGGGGGCUGGGGCAGGUGGCCGGCCAAGGCCCUCCCUGAAGGCCCCACCCCCCUGCAUCUGCUGGUAGGUGGAGUUUCCCCACCGCGUGUCAAGUGUAAGGGAGUGAGCACAUGCCUGCAGGGCAGGGCGUCCUUGUGCACGUGUGUGCAUGGUGGGGACUGCGUGUAGGGUCCACGCAUGUGCGUGCUCCUGCACGUAGUGGCCCUGGCCCCACCGCAGCCCCUCCCACGCGGGCCGCGUCUCGUCAUCGGCUUGCCAGUCACGUCGUCGCUAACAGUCUGCUCGUAGAUACACGGCCGUCCAAUUACUCCUUAAGGGUUACAGGCCAUUAAGCUGUCAGUCUGCUUCAUUCCGGCCCAUCGGCGCUGUCCCCACCAGCACACAAUAACCAUUAAAAUGACACCAGGAACAAGCAGCCGCGCCCACACGGCGUCCGUGACGUUCCCAUUAGCGCCUGCCUCAGUGAGGAAGGGCCGCUUCUGAGAAGACGAUGUCACACUGCACCAGCCGGACGGGCGGCCCGCUGAGCAGACACACUGAUGGGUGUAUACACACACACAUAGGUACGCUCACAGACACAAAUGUUUACAAACAACACCGAUCUGGGCUCUGAAGCCUCCUGCCAGGUGUCGGCUGCCCCUGGGCCCCCAGUGACCAGUGAGGGCCAGAUCAGGGUCAGGGAUAGCUCAGAGACAUGCUGGGAGCCGGCAGCAGCUGGCAUGGGGCUCCAGCCCGGGACCCUGUCGCCCCUAAGCAGCCUGCAUGUGGACCCUGCUCCUCCCAGCCCCAGAAUGGUGACAUCUCUUCACAGUGGCUCAAGUACGUUUUUCAGAACCACUUUAAACACUGAGGACGGAAGAAAGAAGACCGGCCAGUGCCGUGUCCACCCGGCCUGUUGGGUCUUAGCCUCGGGCAGGACUUGCCUCAGAUCCUUUUCGAGAAGUAACGACAGCGGUCCCGGCUUCCGUCCCACACUCAGGAGCUGAACACACGGUGCCCGGUGCUCGUGAUAUGUUCUCUCAGAGUGACACAAAUCUGCCACUGAGUUCAUGCUGUUCUGCUGCUGGCUGUGUUUGUGGACCUAAGCUCUGAGUUGCCAUGCAGAGGCCCACCCGUCUCACGGGUGGAUUGCAUGGUCGUAGGCACAGGCCUCUUCCCAAAAAGACCAUGUCGUGUAGACAGCCUCCAGCAGACAAGACGCCAUAUCUCACCUCCACGCAAAACAGACAGACUUUAAAUCUUUGCCACGGUGCUCGGUGUCAAAUAGGAUCCCUUUAUUUUAAUUUGUACUCCCCUAAUUGCUGCUUAGGUGGAGUAUUUUGAAUACGUUUAUUGUCCAUUUGAAUUUUU